AUGCGACCGUCCACCUCCAGCGUGAGCGUCAAGCUGGAGCCAACAGCCGCGUCAAUACCUCCCUGUUCGUUCCCUGUAGGGAGCCAGGUCACUCUUCCCGUUGGCAGCCUACGUACCCUACAUCCACCCGCAUCCUACGACGUCUUCCUACCUCCACCAUCUGCCGGCCCUUCCGCAUUACCCCAGGUAACGGCGGCAUUAGUCGCUUACCUCCCCGCCGAACCAGAACGCGCUCGUUAUCUGAAGGCCUUCCGGGAAACGAUGCUCCUCCAUCCAUGCUUCAACGUUCCCCACUUCGAGCAGCGAAUAGCUGCGAUCUUCGCCUGGGCCGAGGGUGGUAGUCUGUCGGUCAGCACUGGUCCCAUGUCCAAAGCGGAUCUCGCCCGUGAUAUCUUCUUCUCGUCAUCGAAGGGCAACGGCUCGAGCAGCAAGAAGGACCAGACCCGCGCAUCAGCGUCAGGACCACCCUCAGGCUCCGGCGAGCCGGACAGGAACGCGCCAAAACCCACGCUAAGCUUCUUUGCAGCAGCGAGCGCGGCCUUUGCGUUGGGUGCUCUCAUAUCCCGGGACGAGGGCCCCGAGCAGUCAGGGCCCUCGGCCCCUGGCGCGCCACCGCCGUCGCCGUCCUCUGAUGCUGUGGGCACGUCGGCCACGUUAUUCGCGCUGUCAGAACAAGCUCUGCAGCUGUCCGAGAAGACGGCUGCGUACGACCCAGACUCGGUCAUGUCCAUGGUCCUACAGGUGUUGUUUAUGUUGCACGAAGGCCAGAUGAGCGUCGCGCAGAAUGUCUUCCCUCUGGUCGGCAAGAUGGUCAACGUGGCACGCAUGAUGGGCUUGGCCAUAGACCCGGACGAGUUCCCCGGCACGUUCAACCUCUUCGAAGCCGAGUCGCGUAGGCGACUGUGGUGGGACGUGAUCUACUAUGACCUCUUCGUUGCCGACUGUAUGGGGCACCCUCCGUUGAUCGCGGACAACACGCAUACAACGCGGUUACCGGCGGACGUCGACGAAGAAAAGUUCACCCCUUCGUCCACCUCACUACCUACAUCUGAGAGCGCGGACGGCGAUAAGUCGUCGGUAUACUUCAGCUUGAAGUGCAGGUAA